UAUUGUGACGUCACACUAGGUAGGUAUCAACAAAUAAAUGAGAUGGUAGGUUUCACUUUCGUAGUUAUCUUCGUGUAGCUCGGUCGAGGUGUUUAGUUGAGAGGCUGCUCUUGGAUUGUUAGUCAGUUUUUCUGUUAGGGUAACUUAAACAAAAGAGUCAUCAUGUCCGACGAUAAAGAGAAGAAGUCCGGCAAGAAAGCAACGUCGAACGUAUUUACAAAAUUACCGCAGAAACUAAUGCAAGAAAUGAAAGAGGCUUUCACAAUGAUUGAUCAAAACAGAGACGGUCUCAUUGAUGUAAGUGAUCUCAAGGAAAUGUAUUCAAAUUUAGGCUCGAUCCCAGGUGAUACCGUCUUGGAAUCGAUGGUGAAAGAGGCUCCUGGCAACCAGUUAAAUUUCACUGCUUUCUUAAGUAUAUUUAGCGACAAGCUAAGUGGUACCGACCCAGAAGAAACCUUGAGACAAGCUUUCCAAAUGUUCGACGCUGAUAAUACUGGAUAUAUCCCAGAGGAAUACAUGAAAGAUUUACUAGAAAAUAUGGGUGAUAACUUCUCAAAAGAUGAGAUUAGACAGACCUGGAAGGAAGCCCCAAUCAGUGGUGGAAAGGUCGACUAUAAUGCAUUCGUAGCCAAAAUCAAGGGUAAGGAACAGGAAGAGGCAUAAGCAACACGUGAUCAUGGGCAGCCAAUCAACAUUUAACACCAAGUUACCACCCCUUUUGUGUGACUCUAACAGUGCACAUUACCCAUUUAGAGAUAAAAUCAUCGACCAAUAAAACGGCUACACGAAACUCAUAUAGAGUCACGUGGUAAAGGGGUGGAACUACUUUUUCUUCGUCAACAAACUCAUUUUACACCGUGUCAAUACUUAAGUCAACCGGGCCAAAGAGCGCAAUCAUUCCAAUACCGCAAAAUUGUUAGGAGAAAGAAAGCAGGACGAUAGACCCUUCAGACCGGAGUAUUCUAACCGGCGACUGUAUAUUUGUUACCCUCUCUUCUAUGAACACAUCAUGAAACAGAAUGUUGGAAAUGUUUAGUUCAACGUCAGUUUGUCGCUAUGGAGAUAUGGAUAAUGCAGAUGGACAGUCAGUUGGUAAAGUGAUUUGGCAACACCUCGUCAAUAAAUCGGUUUGAAGCUGAUAAUUACUCCCCGCUGACAGUGGUUGUACAACCUCUGUGAGCAAUUGUUAACUUUAUCUGUUGGCCCGGUUUGCUUUGGUAACUCGAGACGCAUACAUACACACAAGAUGCCAUUGCCGAAUAUAGAUUCUCGGCUCUGGUUCCCGCUUACCUGUAGAAAUAACCGCCUACGCGGUCUGUUACGUGUACUGGUUCCCAUCACAGGUAACUUCUCACAGGUAAUCGAUAAACACAGAGCCGAGAUCACGGCAGAAUGUGAUGUACACAGUGGUUAUUAAUAGAUCCUGACAAAUAUACAAAAAUUACCAUGUGUUUUUACUCAGAAAUAAUACAUACCUAUGUUAACUGACUUAUACCUCUAAAAAAUCUUGUAACAUUGUACAUUAAUGAUUGAUAUGACUGAUGGGGUUGCACACAUGGUGCUUGUGAUACUCAAUUAUGCCUAGCAAGGUUACUACAGUCUUGAUGUGUUACAUAAAAUAAUAUAUUUGUAGUUUUACAAAAUGUAUAGAUGAGUAUUAAUAAUUUAAUCGAGCGAUGCAAAUGCGCAUGUACCUGUCGUUUCAUGUUGAUAUUCUUGAUUAAUUUGUAUUUAUUGAUGAUUUUAAUUUAUAAAUUUUGUAAUGUUUAUCUUCUUUAUUUACCAAAGACUGUCACGUGCGUUUCUCACGUGAUAAGUCUCCUUGCUAUUUGCAGUAGACAAGUACUUGACUCUACAACGGUUGCGAUACAUACUCGAGUUAUCAAAUCGAACACAACCUUAAACGCGAGUCCCGCUGUUAAGCCGCUAAAACAUCGUGGCGGUGAUAUUUAUAUUAAAUGUUAAUUGUUAUAAAUGAAUAGAAGUAUAAGGUUGUCUUCGUUUGAUAGAAGUUGGUGGCUUAUAUAUGUGGACCGAGUUCGAUAUGUGGACACCUGCGUGGUGUAGCGCGAUAUCGAAUGCUGACAUCUACAUAUAUGACGUCAUUUAUAGAGUACGUAUCACUUCCGGACCUAACUCCCAGAGUGGAUUGUUCCUGUGUAUAUUUAUUUAAUAAAACCUCUGUGCACAGACAAA